CAUUGCACUCUUAUCUCAAUAUUACUUCACUUUUAUUCAAAAUUUUCAGUCAUUUUUGUCUUUUAUUAUUCAAAUCAAUGCGAGAAAUAGUUUUUGGUUUUGUCUCCCAAACAGUCGAUUAAAAUGAAAACAAAAUUUUAUUAAUAAUUUUUGCUCAAAAAUAAUAAAAUAUUUGCAAAAAUUAACAUAACUUUGGAUUUGGUCUCAAAAUUAUCUCCAAAAUAAUGUCACUUUUAUUUCAAAGCAAAUAUCAUUGCAUUCAAAGACAAUCCAGAAGAUACUUCUGGCAGUGGAUGAUCAAUGUGUUCAAUAAACCUGAUCCGCAGCGCCUCCAAGAGGUGGGCGCCGACAGAGCGGCCGCUGAGUGGCUCAUCAAAAACGGUGCGGCAGUCAAGUGGACUGAUAGUCACCAUUGGGUCAAAGACUAUGACCUCUUGGAGGACGAUGUGACCAAACGCAGCAUCAAAGAGAUCGACGCCACCAACUCGUCCAUCACUCACAUUGGCUUCCCUCACCUCAAUGGUUUGCACUCUUUGGACACAUUUAUCAUCAAAAAUAAUGGAUAUAUUGAAGACAACGCCAUUGAGAUAAAUCUCAAACAUCUUAAGCUCUUUGAUUUGCCGUCAGUUAAAGACAGAGAGAAGUGUUUGAAAGAUCUGAAGAGUGGUCUGAAGUGCGAAAUCGAUUGGAAAGAAGCAAAACCAAAGAAAUUGUUAUAAAAUCAUAACUUAAUUACUG